AUGCCGGAUUCAGCAUACAUCUCCAACACUUUGACUCUCAAAAAGUACCUGAGCCUUGAGCAGUCGCCCAAGCGUAUCAUUGCUGAGUACAUCUGGAUCGAUGGCUCCAAUGGCCUGAGAUCCAAGUGCAAGGUCAGUCACACAAACAGAAAGUCGCGCGCUCGUGCGGAUCAACAUCCCGCCAACACGGCCUGCAUCCAAAAACCGCGCACCGCGAACCGCGAGCGACUUUCGGUAUAUGCCUCAUGCAAAAUUUGUACUGACAAGGAUUGCAGNACCGUUGACCGCUCCGACGAGCAGGUCGCCAAGGGUCGUGUUGGUCUCGAUGAGCUGCCAGAAUGGAACUUUGACGGUUCGUCAACAGGUCAGGCUCCUGGUAACAACUCGGAUGUCUACCUCCGCCCCGUUGCCGUCUUUGACGACCCCUUCCGUGGCAAGCCCAACGUCCUCGUCAUGUGCGAGACUUGGAUGUCUGACGGCAAGCCCAAUGCCUUCAACUUCCGUCACGACGCUGCUCUCCUGAUGGAGGCCAACGCCAAGGAAGGUUUCUGGUUCGGUCUUGAGCAGGAGUACACCCUCCUCGAUGUCGAUGGCUGGCCGUUCGGCUGGCCCAAGAACGGAUUCCCCGCUCCUCAGGGUCCCUACUACUGCGGUGUCGGUACCGGAAGAGUCUUCUGCCGCGAUCUCGUCGAGGCUCACUACAUGGCCUGCUUCUACGCCGGUAUCAACAUCUCUGGUACCAAUGCCGAGGUCAUGCCCGCCCAGUGGGAGUACCAAGUCGGUCCUUGCACCGGUAUCAACCUUGGUGACGAGCUCUGGAUGUCCCGUUUCAUCCUUCACCGUGUUGCCGAAGACUUUGGUGUCAAGGUUACACUCGCCUCCAAGCCCAUCCCCGGUGACUGGAACGGUGCUGGUCUUCACACCAACGUCUCGACAGAGGCUAUGCGUCAAGACGGCGGCAUGAAGGUGAUUGAAGAGGCCAUGGAGAAGCUGGCCAAGCGUCACAAGGAGCACAUGGAUGUAUACGGUGAGGACAACGCCCUCCGUAUGACAGGCAAGCACGAGACAGCAUCGAUGGAUAAGUUCACUUGGGGUGUCGCCGACCGCGGAUCAAGUGUCCGUGUCAACCGUGCCGUGGCCGAGCAGGGCAAGGGCUACUUCGAGGACCGCAGACCGGCGUCGAGUGCCGACCCUUACCAGAUCACUGGUAUCAUUGUCGAGACCCUCUGUGGCAAGGUCGAGGGUGCCAACGUUCACAAGACAGCCAUGUCGGCCGAGAACGUUGAACUCGAAAUGGUUGUGCCCAUUUCCAAGCCCUAA